UACUAAGUAAAUUCUAAGAAGGCAAACCAUAAUAUUUCAAAAUUCCAAUCCUGUCCUCAAACAUUUGAUUUGUGGAACUAACUGCAAUCCCUCUCUAGAUCAGAGACGAUUGCUUGUUUGUAGCAACAUUCCUCUAAAAUUCAAUUCAUUUAGGUUAAAAUUUGAUUUUUGAUUGGGAUUUAAAACGAUCGAAUUCAAUUGGGGAUAUAUAUUGUAUUUGGAUAGUUAAUUGCGAUUGCAUUUUGAACGAUCAUAUGGAGAAAGACAAUAUUACAGCAGAAAAAGAGCGAGUAGUGGAAGAAGAAGAAGAAGAAGAAGGAGAAGAAGCAGACGCAGUUGAGAUGGUUCUGUUUCAAGUCUCGGAAUGCUAUGUUUACAUGAUACCUCCACGGAUAUCUGCAGCUUCUUACAGGGCUGAUGAAUGGGAUGUCAAUAAAUGGACAUGGGAAGGUAAUUUGAAAGUUAUUAGUAAAGGAGAAGAAUGCAUUAUCCGGUUGGAUGACAAGACAACAGGUGAGCUGUAUGCUCGGGCAUUUUUGAGAGAUGGGGAACUGCAUCCUGUCGAGGCUGUUAUUGAUAGCAGCAGAUAUUUCGUUCUUCGGGUCGAAGAGAACAUUGAUGGGCGCCUUCGCCAUGCUUUCAUUGGUAUAGGAUUUCGAGAAAGAUCAGAAGCAUAUGACUUCCAAGCUGCUCUUCAUGACCAUAUGAAGUAUCUGAAUAAGAAGAAAACUGCAGAAGAGAUGGAGCACCGAUACCAGCAUUCUUCUUCAGUAGAUUAUAGUUUGAAGGAUGGGGAGACUUUAGUGCUUCAGCUCAAGAAAAAAGAAGGUGGCAGCAAAAGAUCCAAGUUUUUCGAGCAGAAAUUGAGUAAUCUCUCUUUGGACUAUAAGGGUAAAAACAAAGAAGGUGCAGUAAGUAUCAAAUUGCUCCCUCCUCCUUCCGCACCCCUCUCACCCGUUGAUGCUUCGGAGAGGUCUCCAUUAGGAAUUACCCCGAGAGUUAUCCCUUCUGGAGUGGAAGAACAUCAAGAAGAAGAAGCAGAAGCCACCGAAAAGAAAGAACAACACAAUGGACCAGAUGAUGAUUUUGGGGAUUUUCAAGCAGCCAGGUAGUGGGGAUGAUUAGAGAGGCUUGCUUGUACUUGAAUAAUACCAAUCCUUGUUCUUUACGUUUAACUUGGUUAUCGGAGAUUCACCCAGCUAAUCUUGAGAGAGCACGAUCUUGGCGGUGUGGUUCACCUUCCAAUACUGCUGGUACACUUGUGCUUGUAGAAGUCUUGUGUUGUGAAUAUUCGUUUUUGUCUUUAUCAAACUGAUGCAUUUUAUAUAUUGCUUUUUGCUACACUUACUUA